AACACCAGACAGAGAAGGAAGAAGAUGUUGUUUCAGGUCGGAGGCCAAGGGACUCGCCCCACCUUCGAUACGAGAGAGCUUGAGAUUUGACAGGAGCCGUCGGGUGUUUGCUUUGUAAUACGGGUAAUAUUUCACCCGUUUCUACGCAUGAGCUCGUUUAAAACACUCACCGUAAGAUUGAUCUCAACGGCUCACAAUUGUACAGCACCUAGCCAGCACCCAAAACACAGGUUUUGCUUCCCCCUUUGCCGAUAUGCAAUUUCUGUAGCAGAAUCGAUUGGAUUGCGCAGCAAAAGCCAAGCUAACACUGGGAAGUCAAAUCGUUUCUAGUUUACUCUCAGUCUCCCGAUCCAAGGCUCUCGCUUGGGUACGCUCCUUCUCGCUCCGUUGUUUUGUCGGUUGAGUAUGUGCACACCAAGUGUUCGAUUUAAUGUCUGUGUGAGAUUGGAGAUAACAAUGGCAGGAGUGAUACAAAAGUUCGUUACUGCAUCAAUGUUUAUGUGGAUAAUUCCCGUUGCAAUAUUAUAUGCGUUCAACAAUAAUUUGCUUCCCGGUGUAAGCGACAUGUCUCCCUAUUCACUCACAUUGUUGAGUGGAUUUCUUGCUGUUAUAUCUGUCAACGUUGUUAUCGCAUUUUACAUAUAUAUGGCAAUGAAAGAACCUUCAGACAAACACAAGCCUGAUCCUGCAUUUCUUGCUGAAGCCGAAGCUAGUGUAAGCAAAUUAAAAGGCGACGCUGAUUCUUCCCAAUCCUCCAAGAAAGAAGGGUAGGAUAUGUGCUGUUCUGCGUUUCAACGGUUGGAAGAACGAGUUCUGAAGUUUGUAUGCGGCUGUCUGCAGUCCGUUUGAUACAUGUCCGCUAGUUUUCGUUUUCUGUCGGAUGCUUUUGAACCUGAGAUGAUAUCAUGCUUGCAAUCACAAGCUUCUUUCUGGUUGUACUUUUA